AUGCCAACCUUGGUCACAGCAGAUGCCAUGGCCGCGGAUACACCGCAGAAACCACGAGCAUCCUGGCGAAUGCGGUUGCGGUUGGAGACCGCGGCAUCACCUUCGGUGUGGGCCGCGUUGCCAAGUGCUGCCGUGAGCGCCUUGGUGCCUGCAGAGUACACUGCAGAGCCCGGGACUCUCCAGUUGCCCCGUCGAUCGAGCCCGGCGUGGUUCCCGGAGGACGACGGCGAGAGGCUGUGCGUCGUGAAACGUGGGCGGUGGACUGGCAACAACCGGGCCCGAAGCCUCCAGCAAAAGCAUGUUUCCGGCCGCCGCCCGAUGGCGUGGGCCGCUUUUCUUCAGCCUCGACGGGGCGGUUGGUUGGUGCUGGGAGCUGCCAAUGGCCGGUUGCGGCAUGUCGACAGCCGAGGUUCCGAGGCCGUGGGCCCGGGGGAGCGGACGCCAAGUCUUGCCCUGCGCCCGUCGCCCUCGUGUCCCUCCGGAGAGUGA